AUGUAUUGGCCCACCUCUUGCGCCGAGAGGAUCCACCUCUCUCCCUCUGGACUGCACCAGCCCGCCUCCUUUCUCCGCUUCGACAAGGAGGCAGCGCAGCAGCUUCCUUCGAUAUCCACCCCUUCCGACAGCGGAAGCAGCAGCAGCAGCGAUGCGCGCGUCAUCCAGCUCGCUCGAUCUCGCAACGGUAUGAUUUGGGCCACCCUCACCACCACCACCAUCUCCCUGUGGUCCGCCCGCCCUGCACAGGUCGUUGCUGCCCUCGUCCGCACCCCACAGAGCAUCGGAGACUACGGCAACAAUUCUCGCAUCGAGUGGCGCCCAGAUGGUAGGGCUCUGCUCGUCCAGACCGACCGUCACUUCCUGCUCUUAUACAACAUUGUUUACCGCCAUCAUGGCUCCACCGUCUACAGCUACGUUCCGCCAUCAGGAUCCGGAUCGCGAUCUCAGUCCGGCGACCUGCUCGCUCCUAACCCGAACGCUCUUCGCAACUCGUUCGCUCCCGGCGCGGGUGAAAGCGCGGCCGCGGGCGAUACCGGCCUCGGAGGCCUGGCGGGUGAGGCUUGCGAGCUCCGCUUUCGCCUCGUCCUGCGCAUCGAUGCCGGCCUACGCUUCGCUACGUCCACAGAGACACACAUGCUCGUCAGCACAUCCUCUCCCUCCGCCGUGCAGUGCAUUCGCUGGCCCGACGAUGACCCCCAGGCUCCCCCUCCCGACGUCAAGGACCCCACAAUGCGCACCCGCACCAGCUUGGUCUCCCAGCUCGCCUGGAUUCAAGCCCACUCGAGCGAAUCGUCCGACGUCCAGAUCGUCAACAUCACCUACUCUCGGCCCAUGGACGUCUUUGUCUGGAUCACCUCGGACGGCCGUGCGUAUGUUGCCAACCUGGACCUGAUGGCUGAAGGCGCUUCGCCUUGGACCGGUCGUUGCUUUCAUGGCGCACGUAAGGCCCGCAGACCUUCCUCGCUUGCUCCCGACUCCACGCUACAAGCAUCGACAGUGCUGGACUCAUCCCAGGACGCACAUGCAUCGCCAAAUGCAGAGCCAGCACGACUUCCAAGCGACUCACCGGACACGUCUGGCGAGCAGUCGUCCAAGCCUGCGGUCGCAAACGAGCAUGCACAAGCCACGCCUUUGCCUCCAGAGCAGUAUGCCACUUCUGUCUCCAUCAACGCCAAAUUCAGCCUCAUUGCGCUCGGUCUUGCCGACGGCACCGUCGCAGUCUACAACUAUCGCGCUCCAGGCCGCACCCCGCUCCUCUCGCACUCCAUGUCGGUGCGCGAGGCGCUCAAGUCCACAGCCAGCUACCUCACCACCGGACCCGUCCGAUCCUUGGCAUGGACGUCCGAUGGAUACGCCUUGGCCGUCGGCUGGCAAAAGGGACUCGCCAUUUGGUCCACCUACGGCAAGCUCAUGGGCUGCACCCUGCGCGAAGACUGGGAGCUUGCCUCGAAAAACUUUGCAGACGCCUUCAUGUUUGGCACCGCCGACCUCUUCUGGGCGCCCGGCAACACGCAGCUUUUCAUCCUCGCCGCUCCCAAGCAGGAUUCCGUUCCGGUGCCGCCGGACAACCAGCUCUUCAUCUUGCCCUUCUCCAAGUCCGCCGUCGCCGGUCAGCACUCGCCCGACAAUACCCGAUUCGCCUUCUACCAGACAGACGACAGCUUGCACGUCUAUCGCGGCGCAGACCAGACCGACCUCACCGCCAUCACGCCAGAGAGCGACGUGUGGCAGCACAUCAAGAUCCCGCAGUCCUACCUCGCCGCCAACUGGCCGGUGCGCUACGCCGCCAUCAGUGCAGAUGGCAACCUCAUCGCUGUGGCAGGGCGCCGCGGUUUGGCCCACUACUCGUCCGCUUCCGGCCGCUGGAAGCUGCACAAGAGCGUGGCUCAGGAGCAGUCGUUUGUCGUCCGCGGCGGCAUGCAGUGGUUCCAGCACGUCCUCAUUGCCGCGUGCGAUGCAGGCGGAGAGUAUCAGCUGCGUCUGUACUCGCGAGACACCGACCUCGACUCGGCGCUCCUCUUGGAUCUGCAAGUGCUGCCCAGCCCGGUCGUCCUCACCUCGCUCUUCGACAACAGCCUCCUCGUCUACACCGCCGACAACACCUUUUACCACUUUCUCAUUGAUCUCACCCACGACCGCAUCCGCCUGCGCCUGUGUGGAUCCAUCACGUUCGAAGGUGUAGUGGGCGAGCCGGCGCGCGUGCGCGGCAUGAGCUGGAUGAUUCCAGAGGGUCAGCAGCGCCUCGGCGAUCCAAUCGACGAUCUUACCGUCGCCACAAUCAUUUUCCUCAUCGAUGGCAAACUCGUCCUAUUGCGUCCGCGCAAGCUCGGUGGCGCCAGAGCGGGCACAGCACCCAAAUCGCUGCAGGAGUUUGACGAUCCACGCCACGACGCUGAUGGUACUUUCGACGACGAUGACGACGAGGUGGCGUACGACAUGCAGAUCCUGGCAGACAAGAUCGAGUACUACUGGACGCACUUGCAAGGCAUCGGCACGCUCGAGAAUUCGCUCUGGGGCUACGACGGCAGUGGCAUCAAAUUGUGGCUCGAUGCGCUGCGCAUCCCGUCCUCGCAAGCCGACGACGAGAGCAGUAUCAACGACGACGAGGACGACGACGAUGAGCGCGACCAGCUGCCAGAGUACAAGACGAUCGAAUCGUCCGUGUCGAUGCCACUCGACUUCUAUCCGCUCUGCGUGCUGCUCGAAAAGGGCAUCGUGCUAGGUGUCGAGUCCGAGGUGUCGCUGCGCAGGUCGCUCGACUUUGCGCUGUGGAGGACGUGCACCAACACGCACCUCUUCCUCCACCAGCUGCUGCGCAACUAUCUCGAGCGGGGUCUGUGCGACGACGCCGUCUUCUUUGCGGCGUCGUAUCAGGACCUGGUGUACUUUGCGCAUGCACUCGAGAUCCUUCUUCAUGCUGUGCUCGAGGACGAAGCGGAUGCGGGACUCGGCGAUGCGUCGUAUCUGCGCAAAGCGUCGGGCAGCAUGCUCGAGAAGGAGCGCAGCGCCACCUCGCUGCUCGCCGACGUCGCUGAGGAGCAAGACGACGCAAGCCCGGUCAAGCCCAGCGCCAACGGCAACGGGUUGCACGAUGCCUCGGACGAAGAGGAGAGCUCGCGGGCGCGUUUGGGUCUGCCUGAGCCCCGCAACAACCGGUCGCGGUCGGGUUCGCCCGGCGUGAGCGGUACAGCGACACCGCGCGCGGUGCUGCCGCUCGUUGUCGAGUUCCUGGACCACUUUCCCGAGGCGCUCGAGGUGGUCGUCGGAUGUGCACGCAAGACCGAGGUGGCGCGAUGGGCGUAUCUGUUCGACGUGGUGGGUGCGCCGCGCGUGCUCUUUCAAAAGUGCAUCCAGGCGGACCAGCUGCGCACCGCAGGCAUGUAUCUGCUCGUGCUGCACAAUCUCGAGCCGCUCGAGGUGUCGAUCGCACACACCAUCCAGCUGCUCAAGCUUGCGGCGCAGAAGCAAAACUGGUCCACGUGUCACGACCUGCUGCGUUUUCUGGCGAGCAUCGAUCCGGCCGGCGGCGCGCUGAGGCUCGCUGUGGACGAGGCGGGAAUCCUGGGAGGCCACACCGUAUCGGCUGGUGUGACGGAGCAGGAAAAGUCGGUGGAGCUGCAGCCGCCCCCGAAGCUGUUGCGCGCGACGUCGGCGCCGGCCGUAUCGGCCGCGACUGCGCUUGAAUCGAUGCAGGAGGAGGACGAAGAUGACGAUGCUGGCGUCGGCACCGAUGUGCCGGGAGAGUCGGGGGAGGGAGACGGCGACACGGCCGAGGCAGUAGCGCGGCCCGGGCUGCAGGGCAUGCGGUCCAAGUCGGCGAGCAUGAGCACGGACGCAGCGAAAAGUGUGCCGGACGUGGUGAUCAACGGGCAGUCGCUCACGCCGGGACUUGCGGCGAUGGGUAUCGGCGGUUCGCCGGCGGCCAAGCGGCAGUACGCACAGGGAAUCGGGAUGAGUCUGAGCCGCGUCGGCCUGCGCAGCUCCGAGCGCAUCUGGGACCCAAACGCAAGCACGAGCCCUACGUCUCCGCGCGCGAGCGUUGGCUCGCUGCCGCGGACGUCGCUCACGGACGAAGAUGCCGGACCCGACGCCUAA